CCUACGAAUUACAAAAAGAUCCCACCUCUUCUACUAUCGUCAGCUAAUUAAAUCGUUGUUCCUCAGUUCGGUACUUCUUCUUCCUUCACUCUCCCCACCAAAUUCCCCCAAAUCGCAGCUGUUCGCCACCCGCAUUGCGCCGCCAUUGCCUCCAAAUCCGAGUACUCCUUGAGUAAUCUCAGAUCCAUCUCGGGUUCCUCCCGCCGUUGGCAGCAGCCGGAGCUUUUUUCCGCGGAAGAAAUGGCGCCGUUUCGGUGAGUUCUUGGCAGUUUGGGAUGAUGCUUGGUGGGUAGGAGGACUAGGAGUGCGGCGGCUCGGGGAGAGGCUGCGAUGGAGAGCGCCGCCGGGGAGGAGGGGAAGGCUGCCCCGUCGCUUCCCCUGGCGACCCUGAUCGGCCGCGAGCUCCGCGGCGGCGGCUCCGAGCGGCCGCUCGUCCGGUACGGCCACUUCGGCUUCGCCAAGCGCGGCGAGGACUACUUCCUCGUCAAGCCCGACUGCCUCCGCGUCCCGGGCGACCCUUCCUCCGCCUUCUCCGUCUUCGCCGUGUUCGACGGACACAAUGGCGUGUCGGCGGCGGUGUUCAGCAAGGAGCACCUGCUGGAGCACGUGAUGAGCGCCGUGCCGCAGGGCAUCGGCCGCGACGACUGGCUGCAGGCGCUGCCGCGCGCGCUGGUCGCGGGCUUCGUGAAGACGGACAUCGACUUCCAACGCAAGGGGGAGGCAUCAGGGACGACAGCGACGCUGGUCGUCGUCGAUGGGUUCACGGUCACGGUGGCGUCUGUUGGGGACUCCAGGUGCAUAUUGGACACGCAGGGCGGUGUGAUCUCGCUGCUAACCGUGGACCAUCGUCUCGAGGAGAAUGUAGAGGAGCGGGAGCGCGUCACCGCGAGUGGAGGGGAGGUCAGCCGGCUCAACCUGUGUGGUGGACAGGAGGUGGGACCUCUCAGAUGCUGGCCAGGUGGAUUGUGCCUUUCAAGAUCGAUUGGGGAUACUGACGUUGGGGAGUUCAUUGUGCCAAUUCCACAUGUCAAGCAAGUGAAGCUAUCAAAUGCUGGAGGGAGGCUAAUAAUUGCAUCAGAUGGAAUUUGGGAUGCACUGUCCUCAGAAGCUGCUGCUCAGGCAUGCCGAGGAUUGCCUGCAGAGCUGGCUGCAAAGCUUGUCGUGAAGCAAGCACUGAAGACAAGUGGGCUGAAAGAUGACACCACCUGUGUGGUUGUUGAUAUCAUCCCAUCUGAUCAUUCUUCAACACCUCCAUCACUAUCUCCAAAGAAAAACCAGAACAAGUUGAGAUCUCUUCUUUUUGGUAGGAGGUCACAUAGUUCUGUUGGAAAGCUUGGAAACAAGUCUGCUUCAUUUGACUCUGUGGAGGAAUUAUUUGAAGAGGGUUCCGCAAUGUUGGAUGAAAGGUUGGGUAGGAAUUUUCCAUCAAAAGCAAACUCGUCCCCAUCUCGCUGUGCAAUCUGCCAAGUGGAUCAAGCACCUUUUGAAGAUUUAGUGACAGAUAAUGGAGGUGGUUGCUGUUCUGCCCCAUCGACACCAUGGGUUGGCCCUUAUCUUUGUUCAGAUUGUAGGAAAAAGAAGGAUGCAAUGGAAGGUAAAAGAUCUAGUCGCUCAACAGCGUGCAGGUGAAAUUGCCAAUAGGACUAACUGGUCCUUGUUCGUGCAAACUGGUCUCCUGGUUCGGUUGUCUGCCACAUGUAAAAAGAGGAUAAUAAUCUGUUUGCUGCUGGAUCCAAGUAUUAUUGGUGAAACUAACUGCAAUCUAGCCUGAACUGAACAAAUUGGGCUACUAACAAUCUUGGGAGUCUAUCAACAGCGCAGAUGAAAAUUUCUGUUUGCACUGGGAAGAUAGCUCACAGGAUUUCAACCCCGUAGUUUUUUUUUUUUUUGAACCUUAGUAUGUAAAGUGAAAUGUCUAGCUUAACAAUGUUUGUAAGAGAUGGCAAUUGGCAAGGCUCCUUGUUCUACCUUGGAAUGUAUAUGCUUGUGGAGCCGAACAGACUAAUUUAUUUAUCUCAUGCUAUCCUAAUCAAUGGUAAUGUCUUUCGGUGUUCUACGUGGACU